AUGUCAUGCCAGCCUUCCUGGAAGGAAGCCGUUCAUUAUGUUGCAGAGGUCCAGAGGAGCGCCGUCCAGGGCAGCAGGUUGGGGGUGCUCCACAAUGCGGCUGCGAACUCGGCGGGAAAGAAGGCCUGCUGGCGCCAGGCCCUGCAACUGCUUGACUGUCGUGAGCUCUCCGGCGCCUGGCAUGAAAAGAACCUUCUGGUGGCCCACGGCAUCGCCGUGGACGCCUGUGCGCGGGCAGCAUCCUGGGCCUCGGCGCUGCAAGGGCUCCACUCCUGGGCCCUGCAGGGAGGCGAGCCGUCGCUCGUGGCAUUCGGGGCGGCAGCACGGGGCCUUGCGGCGAAAGUGGGAACGAGUGCCUGGCAGCAGGCGGCACAACUGCUCGCCAUGGAGCCACCCAGCAUCUUCGUCGGCAAUGCAGUGCUUUCUGCGUGCAGCCGCGAAAGGCUGUCGCAGCAGGCCCUCCAGCUACUGUCUGCUAUGAGGCAGCACGGGCCCCAACCAGACGCGGCGAGCUACAACAUCGUUCUGGGCCUUUGUGCUGAUGAGGGACAUGCGGAACAGGCUGGGCGCCUACUAAGAGAAGCCAGACGUCAAGACGUAGAGACCAACCUCUUGAUGUACAACCUGGCCAUGAAGUCCUCCCUCAGCGCAUCCCAGUGGGAAAGCGCUGCAAGUGUCCUCCUUGCAAUGUCGAGCGACUCAGUCCCAAGCGAUGAGAUCUCCAGCAGCACGAGCAUUGCAUCCUGUGCACGGGGAGGCCCCUGGAGAUUUUGCCUGGCACUUCUUGCGACGCUCCCGGUCGGAUGGCGUGGGCUUUCAGGGGGGAUGGUGGCUUUCAGCACGGCAGGAUCUGCUGCUAUUCAGGCCCUGCAGUGGGCUUACGCCCACACGCUUUUGGACGAGGUUCGCAGAGCUCAGCUGCAGACCGACACAGACACUUUUGCAGCCUUGUCCACAGCCUGCAUGGCUGGCACGGCCAGCAAUCCGGCACCCGGUGGGAGACUUUGUUGGCCGCUUGCAGCGAGCUUACUCAAGACCUGCAAGCAGAGGCAUGGUGUGGUGCUUGACACGUCGGUAGGACCCUCCGUGGCCACCUUCAGCAAGUCCAGUCAGUGGCGGGCCGGCAUCCAGCUCCUUGCAAGCCUGCGAACUUCUGGAGUUCGCCCGCACCUGAUCUGUUUCAAUUCCGCCGCCAUGAGCACCUGGUCCCUGGUCUCUUCCAUGCUUUCCGGCAUGGUUCUGGGAGGGCUCGAGCCGGACGUGGCCUCGUGGAAUGCGCUGCUGGUGGCGAAUCCCUGGGAGAAAGGCACCGAGACCCUGGAAGCCAUGGCAUCUCUUCAGGUCGAGCUGGAUCGAGUCUCCGUGAGCACACGAUUGGGCAAAAUGACCUCGGCGCCCUGGAGAACGUCACUGAAAGCCCUGGCCAGCACCCAAAGAAGCUCCUCAAGCCCAAACUCCGUGGAUGCCAUCCUGGCCGCCGCUUUGCUGCGCAGCUCGGCGGCGCGGCGCUCCUGGCAGGAGACUGGGUUCUUGUUAAGGAAUUUAGCUUAA